AUGGGUGACGUGAACAACGCCAACGGAAACAACAGGAAUGAGCAAGUUGACCUGGAAGUCAGGGGAGUGGCACCUCUUGAAAAAUUGGCAGUCCAUGAUUCAGCCAUCAAGAAUAUUGAAACACAGCUGGGUCAGCUGUCCAUGGCAUUGAACAACCGCACUCCAGGAACUUUACCUGCAGACACAAACGUUAAUCCCAAGGAGCAAAACCCGAAUCAGCUGAUGGCAGUCAGUCUAAGGAAUGGUAGAGAUUUAGAUCGAGAGCAGGAAAUUGCACAGGCCAGCAAGAACACUACACCAGCUACUCCAGUGCCAUUAGAGGAAGAACAGCCAGCGGAACUCACUGAAGUAGUGGUUGAGCAGAGUAAGGAGGGUAAAGGCAAAGAAAAGGAGACCGAAUCUAUCCACCGUAACUCUAACACAAACCUGCAGCGCAGUGGUGGCAAAACCGAUAGCCCAAAAGAUGUCCGAUCCAGGGCCAGGCCGACUUUGAUGUUACUCCAGCUAGCUGAUCGCACAGUGAAAAGACCUACAGGUAUUCUUGACGAUGUGCUGGUGCAAGUGGGAAAAGUCAUAUUCAACGUUCAACAAUCAGUGAGGAGACCCAGCGAAUAUGCAAAUUGCUCUCUAGUGGAAGAAGUUGAUGUAAUUCUGCAAGAGGAUGAUAGGGCCCUGACUGUGGGGGACCCAUUGGAGGCAUGCUUGACAAACUUAGACGAAAUGGAUGGCGAGGGGUUAGCUGAUUGGGUAGAGCAGCUUUUGCAGGUACUAAAGGAUAACAAGACGGCCAUUGGUUGGACCAUGGCAGAUAUAACGGAUUUUGCAAACUACCUGGCUUGUGGUAUUGUUCCUGAUGACCUUUCUUCUGUCCAAAAGAAAAAGUUUUUCCGUGAUAGUCGCAUGUAUUAUUGGGAUGAACCUCAUCUGCUUAGAAUUUGCGUUGAUAACAUUAUCCGGAGGUAUGUCACCAUACAAGUUGGUGUUUGGAAAGGCCUGUCAUCUACCUGUGGAGUUAGAACAUCGUGCUUGGUGGGCAUUAAAACAAUUAAACAUGGAUCUCGAAGCAGCCGGACAAAAUCGACUAACGGAGCUGUACGAGCUAGAGGAAUUUCGUAUCAAGCCUUUGAGAGCACGAGGCUUUACAAGGAACGGAUGAAGACAAUGCAUGAUAAGCACAUCGUAAACAGAGACUUCAAACCCGGUGAUAUAGUGUUAUUGUACAACUCAAGUUUAAGAUUGUUUCCGGGUAAGUUGAAAUCCCGAUGGUCAGGGCCAUUCCGACUGGUGCAAACGUUUGCUAGUGGAGCUGUGGAGAUUGAAUCAAAAGACGGAACGAACAAAUUCUCUGUCAAUGGACAAAGGUUGAAACACUACCUUGGAUCAGGUGACGAAAAAGGGGAUACAAUGGUGUCACAUUUCAAAGAACCCCAAUACAAAAACGAGGAGUAG